AUGUCACUUUUCAAAUUAUUUCAAAAAAACACCAAAAAUGUUAUUAAUCAUUACAAUAAUUUGCAGAUAACUGCUAUUUCUAGUCGGAAAUUAAGUAUAUUGCCUUCUAUCUAUGAUGGUGAACAAGAUCCCGGUCCUAAAUUCUUUUCUUCCGGUGUUCAAGCGCUCCUAAAACGUCUUACAAGACCAGAUUUUGCAAAAGUAUUUCGUAAAAGGACAAAUAGUAACCUUUCUGUACUCAGAACUCCAAAGUAUAAAUUCUUGACAGAUGAGGAAUUAAAAGCCGAGAUGUCUAAAGCAAAUCAGACUGCAGCUCGAUUGCUACAGAUGCCACCAGUUGUGAAGGUGCAUGAGCCAAUCAAUGAGGUUCUUUCUAAAGACCCAGCUUUAGUUGGAUAUGACACUUCAAAAUAUUUAUUCACAGACAUAACUUUUGGAGUCCCAAAUGAGCACAGACUUAUUGUUGAGAGAAAUCCCGAUGGUACAUUGCAAAAUUGUGAUCAUGAUACAAGGAAAAGACUUAACCAGAUAUACUUUCCCAUGCAGGGUCGCAAAGUGAGGGAACCAAUUAUGUUUGCCGAUGAAGAAAAAUUCAAUGGCUUACUGGAAGCAGAGAAAUACGAGUAUAUUCUAGACAGAGCAUGUAUACAGUAUGAACCCGAUGAACCAAAUUACCAGAAAAUAACAAGUAUUACCUAUCAGCAUGUUGAUAUGAAAACCAACUUCAAUUUAUUGAGAUCUACGAGACACUUUGGCCCCCUAGUAUUCUAUCUAACCUGGCAUCAAUCCAUGGACAACCUUAUGUUGGAACUCUUACAGUCUGGUAUUGUUCGAGAGGCUGUUCUUUUAAUGGGGCUAAGGCAUGCUAUUCACGAGGACAUUACUAAUGCCGAUGAAGUCAAUGUCCUGGUGCCGCAAAUUCUACCUACACCAGUACAGUUGACAAAGCCCGAAACUUUGUCGGAAGAAGAUAUUCAAAUGGAUAAUAAAUGCGUGGACUGCAUUGCGAAGUAUAUCACGAAUAAUUCUGCUAUGAAGAGUCAGCAAGAACUAGCUUUACAGGGCUUUAGAGAAGAUUAUCAGCAAUUAGUAGAUCUAAGUCGCGGCUUGAAGAAAGCGCACGGAAACGCCUAA